CCCGGAGCUCCCAGCGGCCCCGCCUCCCGCCCGGCCUCUGCUGAACCGCGGCGGCCCCGUACAUGAAUUAUGUCUGCCACGAGCGUUGACCCUCAGAGACCGAAAGGACAGGAUAAUAAAGUACAAAAUGGUUCAUUACAUCAGAAGGAUACAGUUCACGACAACGACUUUGAACCUUACCUUUCUGGGCAGUCAAAUCAGAACAGUAGCUAUCCAUCCAUGACUGAUCCUUAUCUGUCAAGUUAUUAUCCACCAUCUAUUGGGUUUCCCUACUCCCUCAGUGAAGCGCCAUGGUCUACAGGAGGAGAUCCUCCUAUCCCAUAUCUCACCACCUAUGGACAGCUCAGUAAUGGAGAUCAUCAUUUUAUGCACGAUGCUGUUUUUGGACAGCCUGGGGGUCUGGGAAAUAAUAUCUAUCAACACCGGUUUAACUUCUUCCCUGAAAACCCUGCCUUCUCAGCUUGGGGAACAAGUGGAUCCCAGGGACAGCAGACUCAAAGUUCAGCGUAUGGGAGCAGUUACAGCUAUCCACCUAGUUCACUGGGAGGUACCAUCGUGGAUGGACAAACAGGAUUUCAUAAUGAUACAUUAAAUAAAGCUCCUGGAAUGAACAGUAUUGAACAGGGAAUGGUUGGACUUAAGAUUGGUGGAGACGUUACGACUUCGGCUGUGAAAACAGUAGGUUCCGUUGUUAACAGUGCUGGGAUGGCAGGUCCCCUCUCUGGUAAUGGUGGCUCAAAUGUAAACUUGCCAGUAUCUAAACCGACUUCUUGGGCUGCUAUAGCUAGCAAACCUGCAAAACCACAGCCUAAAAUGAAAACAAAAACUGGACCUGUGAUUGGAGGAGCAUUGCCGCCUCCUCCUAUAAAGCAUAAUAUGGACAUAGGGACUUGGGACAAUAAGGGUCCUGUGGCGAAAGUUCCUGCUCCCCAGCAGAUACCUUCUCCUCAGUCUGUUCCACAGCCACAGCAACAAAUAGUUCAGCCUGUUCCAGCUCAGCCUCCUCCAUUGACUCAACCACAGUAUCAGAGCCCUCAGCAGCCGCCCCAAAAUCGCUGGAUCGCUCCUCGCAACAGAAAUGCAGCUUUUGGCCAAAGUGGAGGAACUGGCAAUGACAGCAAUUCGGCUGGCAGCACCCAGCCUAACCCUGUUCCAAGCGGUGAGUCCCAUCCCGUUCUUGAAAAACUGAAAGCUGCUCACAGCUAUAACCCUAAAGAUUUUGAAUGGAACCUUAAAAAUGGACGCGUGUUCAUAAUAAAGAGCUAUUCUGAGGAUGAUAUUCAUCGUUCCAUUAAGUAUUCUAUUUGGUGUAGUACAGAGCAUGGCAACAAACGCCUGGACAGUGCUUUUCGGUCCAUGAAUAGUAAGGGCCCGGUCUACUUGCUAUUCAGUGUCAAUGGCAGUGGACACUUCUGUGGAGUUGCGGAGAUGAAAUCACCUGUGGACUAUGGCACCAGUGCAGGUGUCUGGUCUCAGGACAAGUGGAAGGGGAAAUUUGAUGUCAAGUGGAUCUUUGUGAAGGAUGUGCCCAACAACCAGCUCCGACACAUCAGGCUGGAGAACAAUGACAACAAACCUGUUACAAACUCCCGUGAUACACAGGAGGUGCCCUUAGAAAAAGCAAAACAAGUGCUUAAAAUUAUUGCUACUUACAAGCACACGACCUCCAUCUUUGAUGACUUUUCUCAUUAUGAGAAGCGCCAAGAAGAGGAGGAGGUGGUGCGGAAGGAACGUCAGAAUCGAAACAAACAAUAAGGAUAUACAUAUACAGUUUGAUAUAUAUAUAUAUACUAGAACUGGUAUUAAAUUCGACUGAGAAACAGAAUUGAAGUAUUCUGGUGCUGUAUCCUGGCAUCAGGACCAACUAAAGCUUUCAGCUCCAAUAUAUCUUCUCGUGCAGGGGAAAUUAAGUUGUUGCAUCUUUGUAGUUUAUUUUUGCCCAAGUGGAUCUGCAUUAAUUUGUAUCUUUUUCUAUGUAAAAUUCUGUAGAAAUCAUUAAUAAAGGUGUGGCUCUUUUUAUUUUUUUAAGUUGGUAAACAGUUAUAUUAACCUAAUGUGGGACCUAUACAUGAGCAUACUAAAGUGUCAGUGCUUCCCAAAGACUUUAUUUUGGCACAAAUUCUGUUCCUAGCCAGAUGCAGAGAAUCAUGGAGAAUACAUGACAGACCUUCCUUUAUCCUCUUCCCACCCCCCGUUUCUUCAUGGCAAACGUAAGAAACCAUGCGUUGAUUUAAUUUUUCUUUUCUUUUUGCCAUUUCAAAACCUUUUGAAGAUAACUGCACUUCAGAAUUUAGAGAUGAGAACGAUGGGGUUUGAGAUCAGUUUGUGCAGCUGCUGUGCCUCCUUAUUUAUCUGUACGAUUACACUUCUCAAAUUGCGAACGCGCCAUCAUUGGUUUUUUCUGUCUGGUAGCAAAUCAAAUUGUCAGUGGAAUUGUUUCUCUGGACAAGAUUUCCCUUCCACAUUCUGUUAAGCAGUGCUUCAGUGUGCAUUUGUUAUACCAUAUCCUGCCGGGGGUGAGCGCGAUGCUUUCUCUCAGCCAUAAUUCUGCUUUAUGGUUUUUGUAGCUUGAGAACUAAAUAAUAAUGUGAUGCUAUCAACAUUGCAGGGGUUUUGGACGACGUGUUUAAACCUGUUUCAGCUUCAGGUGUUAUUAGUUAAUUGCAGAAUCAUUUUUAAUUCUCCUUCCAUUCCUCCCCCCGUCCCCCAAAUCCCAAUGCCAUUUAAAGUUUUUAUACCAAUAAUGCUGAGCUUUAAUAACGUAGGAACUAAUAGUAUGGAUAAUAUGAUGGAUUAUGCCUCAGAUGUUUAAAAUUGACAGUGUGUAUGUCUGAUUUCUUUCUGUUGGAUGAGUAAAAAAACCUGUUUUAAGAAAAAUGAAUUUGCUGUCAUGUUUUUGUGGAGUGAGGGGACUGUCAGAGAGCCUGUCACCAACUGGAGUUCCAAUUAAGCAUGGAAAUGGUGCUCAUGUCCGCUGCUCUAGCACACUGAAUCUGCACGUGUUUAUUGUAGAGGAUCUUUUACUAUAUUAGAAAGCAAGUAUCUUCUGAAUACUAUUUACUCCAAAAGGACCUCCAAUUUAAAUAAAGUUUAAUCUGUAUCAUUUAGACUUGUAUUUAGAACAUAUAACUGUCUCUGGACUGUUACUGCCUGUAAGGAGUAAUGGACAGCAUCGGAUUAACUUUUUCCUCUAGGAGAAUACAAGCCUUAAUAAACAAUACAUAUUUAGCAA